AUGCUCGUCCCCAGUCGCCGUUUCGGCGGCAUCAUAAAUUCGUCGCGAACCUUGCUCGGUGCCUUUGCGCCCUCUUCCACCUUUACACCUGCAUCACAAUGCGUGAGAUGUAUUCAUCAGAAACGAGCAACGCCCAUCGUUCCCCAACCGACUCCAUUCGUCCCUGAUGUACAGACAUUCCUAUCCCUGAUUGGCCGCGAAAUGUCGAAACAUGCCAGCAAAUUCACCUCCUGGGACAGUCUCUUCUCCCUCUCCUCUACAGAAUUACGGGAACUCGGAAUUGAACCGGCCAGGCAACGACGAUACCUGCUCAGGCAGCGCGAGAAGUUCAAACAUGGCAUCUACGGCCCCGGCGGAGAUUUGGAUGUUGUCGUUGAUGGCGCUGCUCAGCUUCGUGUUGUUGAGGUUCCCGUCGAGUCUUCGAUAACGCAGGGUGAGGAGGUUAAUAAGUCGUUGCCGAGUGCAUCCGCUACACUGUCGCCGGGAAUGCGAAAGGUGAUUGUGAAUAUUGCACCUGAUGCAGAGAAGUACGAGUACAAGUCCAGCGACGUAAUCAAGAAGUAUGCCCAUAUGAAGAUUCAUCACGGCUCCAUGGUGAAAGGACCAUACAUUCAAGCCUUGAAGGGUACGAACGGCUCGGCGGUCUUGAUCAAAGCGACGGAAGGUAUGUGGGAGGAUAGACGCGGACAAAAGGUCGAUGGUGGUGAACGACGACGGGCUGAAGUCCGGGCGAAGAAGCGAAGUGCGGAGAGAAGGGCUGCUGGUGCUUAA